GUAUCAUCACCAUAAUAAAGGGUCUCAGAAACAUCCGAAACCUGAAAAGAAGAUGAGCAAUGUUCCAGUUGUGCUGGUGCUACCUUAUCCAGCACAGGGACACGUGAACCCCUUGAUGAUCCUGUCACAGAAAUUGGUCGAAAAUGGUUGCAAAGUGGUUUUUGUGAACACAGAAUUCGACCACAAGCGAGUGGUGAGUUCCUUUGGAGCGCAACAACAUAGUACGAAGCAUGAGGAAGAAUCGAUGAUGAAGUUGGUUUCGGUGCCUGAUGGGUUAGGAGCUGAUGAAGACAGAAACGAUUUGGGGAAGCUGUGUGAUGCUCUGCAGAAGACGAUGCCGAAAGAACUGGAGAAAGUGAUAGAGAAUAUGCAUUUGAAAAGUGAUAAUAACAAAAUGAGCUUCAUUGUUGCAGAUCUUGGAAUGGCUUGGGCGUUGGAUGUUGGCAGAAAAUUUGGAAUGAAAGGAGCAAUAGUGUGGCCUGCGUCAGCUACAACGUUUGCCUUAAUUCGCAGUCUUCCCUCUCUUAUUCACGAUGGGUCCUUAGAUUCUGAUGGAGUGAGAUUAACAACAAAAAAGACAAUUCAAAUAUCACCAAGUAUGGCUGAAAUGAACACAGGAGACUUUUUUUGGCUCAACUUGGGAGACAAAAUAAAUGGUAAGACAAUGUUUAAGUAUAUAAUACACUGUUGUCAAAGCUUAAAUUUGACAGAAUGGUGGCUCUGCAACACUACACAUGAACUUGAACCUGGUGCACUAUCAUUUGUUCCUAAUAUUCUGCCAAUUGGUCCAUUAUUAAGAAGUUAUGACACUAAAAUUGGUACCACAAGAGCAAUUGGACAAUACUGGGAAGAAGAUCUCUCUUCCAUGAGUUGGCUUGAUGAACAACAUCAUGGUACUGUGUUGUACGUUGCAUUUGGUAGUUUCACUCUUUUUGACCAAAACCAGUUCAAUGAACUUGCCCUUGGACUGGUCCUCACCAAUAGACCUUUUCUUUGGGUUAUAAGAGAAGACAAUAAAAUGGAAUACCCUCAUGAAUUCAAAGGGCACAACGGUAAGGUAGUUAGUUGGGCUCCUCAACAAAAAGUUUUAAGUCAUCCUGCUAUAGCAUGUUUUGUCAGUCACUGUGGUUGGAAUUCUACCAUAGAAGGUUUGUCUAAUGGGGUGCCUUUUUUGUGUUGGCCAUAUUUUGGAGACCAAAUUCAGAACAGAAAAUACAUUUGUGAUGAGUUAGAGGUUGGGUUGGGAUUUGACAAAGAUAAAAAUGGAGUUGUGUCAUGCAAGGAGGUAAAAUUGAAAGUGGAACAACUCCUCGGCGAUGAGAACGUGAAAUCAAGGUCUCUUGAGUUGAAGGAGAAACUUAUGAACAACAUAGUCAAAGGAGGUGCAUCAUCGGAGAACCUUAAUAGGUUUGUCAAGUGGCUUAAAGAGUAGGAAUUGGCAUUUAAAUUUAAUUUUAUGCAUUUAUAUCUAUUAAUUUAUGUUAGGUAACAUAACUCAGACAUGAGUUUUGAUGAAAAAUGGAAAAAUUUAGGAAUAUUUUCAAUCAAUUGAGAUUUCUUAUUUA